AUGCCGGCCAACAUGCGCAUCGCUAUAGCAGGUACUUGUGGCCUAGCACUCCUGAUAGCUCAGGAGAUCAACAACUCGACUAGCCACCAGUUGGUCAUUCUCUCAAGAACACAUCAAACAAGUCUUAUAGCAUCUGGUUACAAUUGCCAGACUGUUGACUACAACAAUGCCGCCUCACUUCAGCAUGCCUUGAUGGGUGUUGACACAGUCAUAUCCACAGUCUUGGGAAGCCCCCAGCUUCGGCUCAUUGAAGCGGCUGUACAAUGUCGUGUGCGACGUUUCGCGCCUGCCGAGUUCCAAGGUCAACCCGGUUUGCGAAGUCAGAAUGGAUUACUCGACCGUGGAGAGGACUCGGCCUUGGCUUUACUCAAGCACUACAGUGGCUAUAUCCAGCACACCGUUUUCGUCUGUGGUAUACUCUAUGAGCGAUUCUCCGUCAACGGAAUGAUGUCUCACCGUAUGGGGGCCAGCACAGGUUAUGGCAACGAAGGAGACUUCAUUGCCAAUCCCCGACAGAUGACCUCGAUAGCGCCAAUCUACGAUGCCGCGCAAAACCCCUCUUGGCUAUGUUUAACAUCCGCAUAUGAUGUAGCGCAGUUUGUAGUUCGAGCCAUUGACAUGCCUACCUGGGCUUCUGAGAUGAGCAUGUGUGGCGAGCGUAUGACUGUGCAUAGUCUUGUUGAGACAAUCAGAGCUUGUAGGAGUCGUGCCUGGGUUAGCAUUGAAUACCAAGCUCCCGCAAACCUCGAGUACCAUAUGACUAUGGCAGAGUUGGAAGGUGAUGUGGCUGGACAAAGACGGCUCGCUCCGCUGCUCGCGACGGCAGAGGGACGCUACGACUUUGUAGUGCCCGCGUACCUCAACACCGUCUUCCCUGACAUCCACGUCACUCAUUUCCAAGACUGGUUCCUGCGCAAUUGGGCAUCUAUACCUUGA